CCUGUUUUUGAAAAUCCUUCACGUAAGCAAACUUUUAUGCGCGUCCAACCAAAAAUCCUCAGCUAAUUCUCGACUAACGAGUAAAAGUGCAAAAACAAACUCUUGAGUCACCUACAUUUCUCCAUCCCCACCGCUAUUUUCAAUCCCUUUUCAGAUUUUAGUGUAGAAUUUCAAUGGAACUUCGUUUUGCUGCAAUUCUUGUUUCAAUCAAUUUUUUCCUCUUCUUUGAUGCCUACUUAUGCACCGCUGCUACUGCCAUUUACUCUUCAAGGCUGAUUCAUAGGUUUUCAGACGAAGCACAGCAGCUUUGGGUGUCGAAAAGCAAGAGCAAUGAAAAAAGUAACACCCAAGGGUCGUGGCCGGAGGAAAAGAGCUUGGGCCAUAUGAGAUUACUGUUGGACGGUGAUUUGAAGCGGCAGAGGCUCAGGCUUGGGACCCAGAAUGAGCUUUUGGUUCCUUCUCUAGGCGGCCAUACUUAUAACUAUGGCAAUGACUUGGGUUGGUUGCAUUAUACAUGGAUUGAUGUGGGCACGCCAAACACUUCUUUCCUUGUCGCGUUGGAUGCUGGAAGUGAUUUGUUUUGGGUUCCUUGUGAUUGUGUACAAUGUGCUUCACUGUCUUUAAGUCACCACUCCAUGUUGGAUAGAGAUCUGAGUCAGUAUAGUCCAUCCCGCUCGAGCACUAGCAAGCAGUUACCUUGCAGCCAUGAGUUGUGCGACCAAGGGCCCAAUUGCAAAAACCCAGAGGAGCACUGUCCUUAUAGUGUUAAAUACUUAUCCGAAGAUACUUCAAGCUCAGGAUUUCUGUACGAGGAUCAGAUACAUUUGGCCUCUGUGGGAGGGAACAGACAGCCAAGUUCUGCCCAGGCUCCUGUAAUCUUAGGCUGUGGUAGGUCACAAAGUGGUAUUUAUUUGGAAGGAAUUGCCCCUGACGGUCUCAUGGGAUUGGGGCCUGGGGGCAUAUCUGUUCCUAGUUUGCUUGCAAAAUCUGGAUUUAUUCCACAUUCGUUCUCAUUUUGCUAUGACAAGAGCUAUUCUGGGAGAGUGUUCUUUGGGGAUGAAGGGCCUACAUCUCAAAGAUCUACUCCAUUUUUACCAUUGAAAGGAAAAUCUGUUGCCUAUAUUGUUGAAGUGGAGAGUUACUGUGUUGCGAAUUCCUGUCUAAAGAUUACUGAAUUCAAAGCACAAGUCGAUACUGGGUCAUCUUUCACAUAUCUUCCACAUGAGACUUACGAACAAGUUCUUGCUGAGUUUGACAAACAAGUUAAUGCUAAAAGGAUCACGACACAAGGAUUUGACUACUGUUACAAGGCUCGUUCACUAAAAUUACCCAGCAUGAAACUAGUUUUUUCCUUGAACCAAAGCUUUGUAAUUGAAGAUCCCACGUUCCAAGUUUCUGACAAUCAGGGAGACUUAAGUUGCUUAGGCGUACAUGCUAUGGACGGGGAUAUUGGUAUCAUUGGACAAAACUUCCUGAUGGGUUACCGCAUGGUUUUUGAUUGGGAGAAGUUGAAGCUGGGUUGGUCUAUUUCUAAUUGUCAAGACAUUGGUGACAACCUGGAAGUCCAUCCGACACCUCCCCCAAGUGGUGCAUCGCCAAAAUCGUUGCCAAUAAUCGAACAACAGCAUCCUGCAAGUGGGCAUGCUGUCCCACCUGCUGUUGCUGGUCAUACCCCUCCAAAACCCUCUGCAGCCUCCUCUCUUCCCUCACGGCGUCAAUAUGGUAUUACAAGUCUGCUUCUGUUUGUAUUGGCCAUAUGUGUAAUUUAACCACAAACUUUACAAUUAGUAUGUCCAUUUGUAUAUCUUCUCUAUCCCAUCCUUGUAAAUCAGGUCAAUAGAGUAUUUGGUCUGUUAAAAAGUUGUUACGCUUGAUGUUCGAUGAUUUUCUGUAGUUAGUUCUACAGCUAUCAGCUGCUUUGUGUCUAAUUGCCAUCAUAUAUCAUGUGAACUGCCAUUGAUAACUUAAUCGACAUUUUGUCUUCGCGUA